CGGGCGCUGAGGGGGGUCUCCGCCUGUAGCAUGCUGCGCCUGCGGCAGCUGCACGAGGCGGCCCUGAGGCGGCUGCUCCCGCCCGCCGGGGGCGCCGCCGCCGCCAAGCCCAAGGCCUCCGAGGUGCUGAGCCGGCACCUGCGGCAGCGGGGCCUGCCCCACUGGACCUCGUACUGCGUGAAGUACAGCGCCGUGCGCAACGACCAGUUCGGCCUCUCGCACUUCAACUGGCAGGUGGACGGCGCCAACUACCACGUCCUGCGCACGGGCUGCUUCCCCUUCAUCAAGUACCACUGCGCGCGGGCCCCGCGCCGCGACCUGGCGCUGCAAAACGCCGCCUUCACCGCCCUCAAGCUGCUCAACGCGG